UCGAUCGAGCGGACCUUAGGGCGCCAGGACCUUAUCCACACCGACCGAGCCGCUGGAGAUUCGCGCAUCUGGGCCCACACGCGCGGGCGGUUGACCCCUACAUCCACGAGGAUACGCCUAGCGAAACUAGCGAUACGCUCGGGGUGAGAGGACAAGGAGUCGGCGGAUACAUGGCGUACUCGCCGUCCUUGGUGGCGCAGGCGCAAGUACGGCAAGGCCAUGGCGCUGCGCCGGCCCCCCAUACACUUCCCCCACACGCCCGAUUCAAAUUUGAAUCUCCACCUCUACCCGUCCCCUUCCUCCUUCCUCGAGCCUCUGAACGAGCUCUCACCCAAGAACUCCAGAGAUCGCCGGCAGCCUCGCCUGCAAGAGAGGAUUCGAGCGAAGGAAUCUCCUAGAUGAUGAUGGCUGGAGACUCUGAGGGAUUCACCCAGCUGCUCAUGAGAUUGUCAAGGCCCAGGUUCAAAUUGGAACCAAGCAUUCCGAUUCAGGGUGCCGAGACAAGCGCUCGCACUUCUCCGUCCAGCUUGAGUUCUGAUUCCAGCGUGCCAGUUUCUGAUCCAUGGCAAGCCGAUUUUGAGGAGGACAGAGUCUGCAGCAACGAGCCAAUACCUGACAAGCAGAAUGAUGCACCAUUUCCGGCUGAUUCGCCAUACGCCGACAUCAAGCGAGUCCCCUCCAUCGGAGCGCUCCUGGAAACAAAGUUCUGGUUUGAUUCUGUCCAGGCCCAAGUAUAUUUGCAAGUUCUUCCUACCUGUGAUUUUCUGCUUGAUGCAUCUCCACAUGGGAACUGAUCUUUUAGGGAGGACGCAAAUACCACGCAGAGAGCCGUCAACCGCUUGGUGAAGAAAAAUGCAUGUCUGCAUCUGCAAGAGGACAGCGAUGGAAGAUCCCAUCUGUACCAGAAUAUAGUUGCAUGACUUACCGAGAUAGUCAAAGGAUGUUGUUUUGAAUUUUGAAGGCAUAUAGCCUGUUCCAAAAGCAGAGGGAUGAAUUGUUUUGUUUUGUUUGCCUAUGCAGUGAUUAGUCUAAUCCCUCUAGAUAGAAAGGGAGUUUAAACUGAAUUUAGUAUCCGAUCCCGUCCUAAGGGAUGGCUCUGAAUCUGAACUUGUAGUACUGCAAUUAUGAUAAGUUUUGUUUGUGAACC